AUGCAAUUUAAAACUAUAAAGCCAAAAGAUCCUUCAUUGGUAUCUUAUUUCAUACUGUCUUUUCUGAGAAUCGCGCUUGUGUUCGUGCCGCAGCUAGGAUACAUUCAUCCCGAUGAAUUUUUCCAAUCGGUGGAAGUUGUAGCAGGUGACGAGUACGGACUGGAAGUUACGCGAACAUGGGAGUUCAACACCACAUUCCCUAUCCGGUCAAUGGCCAUAACGUACUUCGGCAUGAAAGUUCCGUUCUCAAUUCUACGUUUUUUGUCCAUGUACUCAAAUUUUUAUCUCGGUAUCAAUCUCCGGGGGAGCUACGUAACGCUGGUGUUCCCUCGAUUGCUAAUGGUUGGUCUAUCGUUUGUUAACGAUUGGAGUUUGUACAAAAUUUGCCGAUCCUAUGGUCUGCAGUACCAAUUCCGACUGCUAACGCUAGCCAGCUCGUACGUGCUAUUAGUGUACGCUACACACACAUUUUCCAAUUCACUGGAAAUGGCUCUCUGCUCGCUGUUACUGUACAUUGUAAGCGAUUGUAUGAUCCAUUCCAACACCGUCAUUUACCAGCGAGAAUUUCUUGAAGAAAAGUAUCGUAAAGCCCAACGUACGGUCGAAAAAGUGCGAUUCCACAAGCUUAAAAUGUCUCUCCCAUCGCACUCCCUGAACAAAUGCGUUCUAAUGGCGACCCUGUGCGUGGCGGGUGUAUUCAAUCGGCCCACGUUCAUCCUUUUUGGGAUGCCGCUCGUCUUUCACUGGAUGCUGCGGGGCAUGGGAACCAAAACGGUAUCGUUCACCGAUUUCAACUUACGUAUUAUGAUAUUUGUUCUAUCGGCCAUACCAUCGCUGGUUUUGUUCAUCGUUAUUGAUUCCAUUUAUUACGGCUACCUGACAAUGGCGGAACUGGAGCGGCAAGAAAUAGGCAUUAACAACUUCGUCGUCACGCCGAUCAACUUCAUUCGCUAUAACAUUAUAUCGGACAAUACCGCCCAGCACGGUGUGCAUCCUUUUUAUACGCACGUACUAUUGAAUGUGCCUUUGCUGUACAACGUACUCGGAAUUCUUGCCAUUUUUUCGCUGCUCUCCAUGGUGUACCGAUUUGCUUCAAACGAUUACACCACUCUACCACGCGCGCAAUCUUUCGUUGGCCUGAUGCUAUCGACGAUCUUUUUCCCCAUCAUUUGCCUCUCGCUGAUAAACCAUCAGGAACCGCGAUUCCUGAUUCCCAUCACUGUUCCAUUAGUGCUGCUACACGCACCAAAGCUACAGCUUGGGCUCAGCGCAACCUAUCCCUUUAAAACGCCGUCCCGCCUGAAGCAGUUCCUGUACCACAGACUAGUCUGCCCGAUCAUGAGCCCAAAGUAUUUACUAAAGAUUUGGUAUGCUACCAACGUCAUCCUGACGCUGUUCUACGGAUUCCUGCAUCAGGGAGGUGUAUAUCAGCUCGCGGAAUACUUCAGCCGACAAGUCGACGUGCGGUCGUCCAACGUGCACAUUCAUCUCGUCACUAGUCACAUUUACAGUAUGCCCCAGUGCUUCGUCGGGCUUCCCAGCACCGAAACGCUACUGGUGAAUCCAGAAAAUGCUCAAAAAUAUCGGCGCAGCAAACAGUUCUUCCUGUACGAGUACGGUUCGCUCGAGCUAGACCAUCUAUACCGUAAGCUAAAGCUGCUCGUCGAUGUCUGCGAGAUGCGUUCGAUCAGUGCCAACCAGCGCUAUCGACUGUAUCUUGCUAUUCCGUCCAGUCUGUCCGAGCAGCUGAACGAUAUUUUCCACAAUCGAACCGCGACUCUCAUCAAACACAGCCAGGUGCGGGUGUUCUAUCCUCAUCUGUCCAUCGAAGCGAUGCCGAAGAUGUUCGGCCAGCACCCGUGCGGAAUCAACACGGACGUGGACGAACUGGAUGAUACCUGUCCGAUCUACGCGCUGGACGACGAACAGAAUCCGUUCAGCAUCGGUCGUGUGCUGAAGCAGUUUUCAUCGGUGGCGCACCAGUUUGGUCUAAUCCUGUACCGGAUCGAAGUGCGGCGCAUCAAAUAACAGCUGCAUUCCUAUCCGGCCACCCGUGACGGACGAACAACUGCAUGGGUUUGGAGUGAUACACGAAGCUAGUCAUAAUUUUACUUCUCCAGCUGCACUACUGCUAAAUAGUAAAUAAAACUCUCGAACAACCACGCCAGUGUUAAGACAACUAAGGUCUUUUGCACCAUUCCAUUGCACAU